AUGGCAUUGAGCAUAGCUUUGCAUUUCCAGUACUCAUAUGCAGCACGUCCAAUCUGCUCUAGCAGAUCAUGUUUCGUGAAGAAGAUUGUUGCUGUCAAAUAUGGCAGAGAAAUCGGGGUACCAAAUUCAUCACCUUUUUGUUAUGAUCUAGAGCGAGAAUUAAGAGCUUUUGAUGACACAAAAGCUGGAGUGAAGGGCCUAUCAGAUUCAGGUUUAGCAAAGCUGCCUCGUAUUUUUGUCCAUGACAACAUUGACCAAGAAAAGAAGUCCUGGAACGGCAGGCUCCAGUCUAGUAUUCCUGUCAUAGAUUUGGAGGGUUCUGAGAUCACUGACCAAGUUCACGAUGCAUGCGAAAGAUGGGGAUUUUUUCAGGUUGUUAAUCAUGGAAUUCCAGACAGGACAAUGGACAAAAUGUUGGAGCGGAUUAGGAUGUUUCGCGAACAGGAUCCUGAGAUUAAAGGGGAUUAUUAUACGCGUGAUUUCACAAGAAAUGUUGCGUAUUAUAGCAAUUAUGAUCUCAAACAAGACAGACGAGAUGCAACUUUACUAGGAAACAUUUUUUGCUUUUCUUGGAGAGAUAUCAUGGUGGAAUACUCUAAGUUUGUCAUGGGAUUGGGGGAGAAACUGCUUGGAUUGGUGUCGGAAUCUUUGGGACUUGAAACAAGGCACUUGGUAGACAUAGGCUGUAUGGAGGGACUUGGAAUCAGAGGGCAUUAUUAUCCAGCUUGUCCAGAACCAGAAUUGACCUUGGGUAUCACAAACCAUACUGAUUCUAGCUUCUUGACAAUUCUACUGCAAGAUCAGAUUGGUGGCCUUCAAGUCCUCCAUCAAAAUGAAUGGGUUGAUGUGCCUUGCUUGCCUGGAGCUCUAGUGAUUAACUUGGGAGACUUGAUGCAGACAAUUACAAAUGAUAGAUUCAAAAGCGUGAAUCAUAGGGUGCGACCGCAGAAAGUCGGCCCACGAAUAUCAAUGGCAAGCUUUUUGAGGCCACAAUCGGGUAAACAUUUUACGGGUCGAUAUUUUGGACCGAUCAAGAAAUUGGUGUCAGAAGGAGAUAACCCAAUUUACAAGGAGAUAACAAUGGACUCGGGGCAGGGACGGUUGCAGGGACGGUCAUACUGCCCCAAAUCCGAUAACAAUAGAGCAGUACGACAAAUACUUCUUCAGAAGAGACAAGGGUGGUGGAGACUCCGCUCUAGCACACUUCAAAUUGUAAAUACCCGUAACACUAUUCCUUAUUAG